GUGGGGGUGGGGGUGGGGGUGUGGGGGGGGAGGGGGUGGGUGUGGGUGGGGGUGGUGGGGGGGGGGUGGGGGGGGUAGUGGGGGGGGGGGGGGGUGUGGGGAGGGAGGGUGUGGGGGGGGAGUGUGGGGGGGCGGGCGGUGGGCGGUGGUGGGGGUGUGGGGGGGGGGGGGGGUGGUGCGGGUGGGGGGAUGGGGGGGUGGGGUGGGUGGGGGGGGGUGGUGGGUAGGGGAGGUAGGGGUGGGGUGGGGUGGUGGGGUGGUGGUGGUGGUGGGGGGGGGGGGGGGGGUGGGUGGGGUGGGGGGUGGGGGGUGGGGUGGGGGUGGGGAGUGGUGUGUGGGGGGGUGGGGGGGGUAUGGGGGGUGGGGGCACAAACAACUGAGUUUGGAAGGGCGUUCCAGAAUCCUUCGGGUAUCUAACCCACAAUUCCUGUUGCUUUGA